AAGUCAUUGGGAUGCGCCCGCUAUGGGGCGCAGUGCUGACCACAUUUCUUGCUGGUGAGGCUACUUCGGAGACCAACAGCAGGCACUGUUUGCAGACCGCUUUUCCGGACUCUCGAUCAGAGCUGCCCCUCCUGCUGAAUUGCCUGGGCCUGGUCCGAGAGGCUGUGGAGGUUGGUGUUCAAGCUGGUGUUCAUGCUCACAACUUCUUAGAGAAGUGGAAGGGAGACCGUUUGAGGCUUGUGGACCUUUGGGGUGAGGAGGGAUCUGACACGAACCUCUUCUAUGUGGACAUUGCCAAUGUGCACGGCGUCGCCGCACGGAGGCAACACCGGAUCCAAUGUGAAGAAAGACUGGAAAGGUCCCUUCGUUCUGGACAUGCCGAAGUUCUCCACAUGGAGAGUGCCAUUGCUGCAAGUCAAAUUCCAGAUGGCGAUCUGGACUUUGUGUACUUGGACGCGCGGCAUGACUUUGAAGGUGUUGUAGCAGACAUCCACGCCUGGUGGCCCAAAGUUCGAGUAGGCGGUGUCUUCGCAGGCCAUGACUUUGUGGAUGGCGAGUUUCCGGAAGGCGAUUUCUUCUGGAUUUCGGCCUUGGAGGAGGCCCUCCCCAGGCUGGAUGUCCACGUGAUUCGCGAAAGGAAUCGCUAUCCAUCUUUUUUCAUCUUGAAGAGCCAGGAAAUGUCGAGCUUGAUACCCAGAAAGGUUGAUACGAUGGCCUUGACCUUGAAGCUCUAUGCUGAUAGGAGCAAAUACUUCGACCUUUGGGCACGAAAGCUGAAAGGAGCCCCUGAAGUUGGCGAAUGUUUUUUGUCUUCGUGCAAAGACACGUGUAGUUCGGAUUGCUCGCAGAGGGUGUCCAAUUUUACACCCUCGAGAACGGCCGUCUCCACUUUGAGACCCUUCGCAUGCGGACAGGGCCAGGAGACGUGUGCAUCGGAGGUGACCCUGGAUGUGGAUGUCUAUCGGCAAGUGUGCCUUGAAAGAUGCAAUGUCACAUGUCAACAACGCUUGGAGCUCUUUCAGAAGCAUGGAGAGCAGAUCAUGUCCUAUCGGUCCGAUCGUCAGUGGUGAAAUCAACCACCUGUCACCUUUCGCCUCGCGUUGAGAAA